GAGCCGUCGAGCAACCAGUUGUAACCAUGCUUAAGCUUCUGUUUAGCCUAUGCGCCUUGUGCCUGUGCCUUGAGCUGGCAGCUGCUGCUGCAUUGCAUACAAGCCCGACGCAUCCCCCUGUGGCAAUUUUGGAGUCGGCUCAGGAGAAAAAUAAGGAUGGCUCCUAUCACUUCUCCUACAGCGCUGAGGACGGCACACAUCGUGAGGAGAGCGCCGAGCUGCGCAAUCCCGGCACCAAGGAUGAAUAUCUCGAGAUAACCGGAUCGUAUUCGUAUUUGGAUGCUGAUGGUAAGGAAGUGCUGGUGCACUACAAGGCCGACAAUCACGGCUUUGUGCCAGAGGGCGGUAACAUACUGCCAUCGAUCUCGCUUGCUGCCAAGCUGGCCAGCGAGCAAGUCGAUCCAGCGCCCCACACCAGCCAUGAGAAGCCAUCCAAGUUCUAAGCAUAAUAAACAAAACAGUUUUGCCUUAGAGAAAACUCUGCUUGCUCUCCUUUGUCUUUCGUUUAAUGCAGAAACAAAUUUAACUAACUACAGGAUACGUUCGUUAAUAGUAAUUUUUAAAUAAACAGUGCGCUGAA